UUAAAUUGCUAGUUUUUAUUUUGACCAUCCAGAAGUGGUACAACUGAUCUUAGGCUCAGAAAAAUUAUCUGCAACCUAUGGACAGAAGGCUAAUUGAGGCUGCUCAUAAGGGAGAUGUUCAUCAACUGCAAACUCUGAUCAAAGACGAUCCUUUCCUGAUGAAGGCUGUAGCAUUAUCACGUGGAGAAACUCCGUUACAUAUUGCUUGUAUGGCGGGAAACCUGAGUUUUGCGAAAGAGGUUCUAAAUCUGAGUCCAGAAUUCGCAAAAGAAUUGAGCCACGACGGUUUCAGCCCCCUGCAUAUUGCUGCAGGUAAUGGGGAUAUAGAGAUCGUAAAAGAGCUCCUGAUAAGAGAUCGUAGUUUGUGUAUGGUUAAGGGAAAUGAAAUGAGAAUUCCCCUGCACUAUGCAGUGAUCAAAGGCAGGAUAGAAGUCAUUAAAGAACUGCUUUCAGCCAAUGAAGGUAGCAUAAGAAAAGCGACGGCUCGUGGUGAAAAUUCUCUCCAUCUGGCUGUGAAAAACAACCAAUUUGAAGCCUUUAAGAGCCUGGCAGUGUACCUGAAGACCAAUAAUAGGGAGGAUAUAUUUAAUGAGAAGGAUGCACGAGGGAACACCAUCUUGCAUCUUGCAGUUUCCAGAAAGCAAUAUGAGGCAAAUACGAACAACUUAUCUCUUUUUUGGCCGGAUGGAUUGGACGAGAUAUACUAUGUUGUUGAGUUGAUGCUAGAUGAGAAUUUUGUCAGGAAAGGCUUGUUGGAGGUGAAUUCCUUGAACAAAAUGGACCGUACACCACUUGAUGUAUUACUAUCAGAAGGGGGUGAUGAUGAAAUUGAGGAAAUGCUUUGUCUAGCUGGGGCUUCAGUGCAACAGACAACACAAACAGAGAACGGGAUCGUUCCCACUCAUGAUCCAAAUGAUGAAUUAAGGAGAGAAAGGCCUCGAAAGCCAUAUGAGAAAUUGCAGGAAUACUUCAAAUUUGACAAAGCUAAAGAGACUCCAAGUGAAGUCCGAAGUGUAUUGCUUGUGGUAGCUACAUUAAUCACAACUGCAACAUAUCAAGCUGUCCAUAGUCCACCUGGUGGUGUUUGGCAGGAGGACUUUAGGCCUACGAGUAGCAGUAACACGACCACCAUCAAGGACGCCACACGGUCACCAGCACAUACUGCUGGAAAAGCAGUGAUGGGAACACAGAAUUCAGCUGCAUUCGGUCUAUUCCUGAUUUUCAACUCAAUAGGGUUUUUCACAUCUGUUCAGAUGAUAUUUUUUCUCACUUUUGGAUUCCCUUUACAAUUGGAAUUGCGAGCCUCACUUUUCGCACUUGCAGUAACGUACGAUACUUGUAUGACCGAAAUGGCAACCGGCAAUCUAUCCGUGUUAUUUGUUAUCAUUUCCAUUGCUAUGCCAUUACUGAUAGGCAUUCUGGCCAAGGUGGCCAGAGAUUACUGUAAGAAACCAACAUCAGCAUCAUGGACUGCCUAAGGAAGGAUUAUUCUUCAACAUCAGUUUGUAUGUUUUGAGCAAUAUAGGUUUUAAGAUCCUCUUCAGCAAUAAAUUGUGUGUAAUAAUUACUCAUUUAUAGCUUUGAUUAUGUUGAUAUUUGAAGAAUUGCACCUGCUCUU